CGCCCAUCAGCCCCGAGCCUUAGCGGCCACCCUUCACGGUUACACCCUCUUCUAAGCCAUAGUUACCGUGGGGUGCAGAUACUCUCCUCUCCACCAUCAUCACUAGCCGCUUCCAUAGUGGCCAAUUUCCCGGAACCCCUAUCGAAUCCAGGUUUGCUGCAAGUACGCGCUUCGCGAGUACACUAACAUGUCGCGGUCGAAAAUGCGUGAAGGAGACGAGUCGCGUAGGUCGCGGCCGCAUCAUGUCCUGCCAGAGCUAAGCUCCGACUCCGACUUUCUGGCUGAUAUGCGACACGAAGAAUCGAAGCUGGUAAAAAAAAGGAGGACGCGCAGAAAGACCGGCCAGCUGGGAGAAGACGAGAGCUACAGCAUACGAAAGGGAAGCGCGUCGAAGGCGACUGUCAGCAAGAUGGUCAUAGCUAGCGCUGGACAUAGCCGUCGUCUCUCUUCUGCACUAAGCCACAAUCCACUUUUCAAAUAUUUCGGGAAUUUGGGGAUAGAUGUUGCCUCUGAUUCAGAAGAGUCGCAGAAGGAACUAGAAGACGAUACACAGAUUCUUCGUUUCUCCAAUAAAGAUGACGAAGUCGAACAGGACAGGGAAGGCAGCUCGGAGCCAGAAAUACUACCGCGAACCCUCGCAAUCGUACUUGAGGAUAUGAAGGUUCGCUCACAGUCAAGCAUCAUCUCUGCGGCUCUAAGUACAGAAGACCGUCCACAGAUGAGGUCUGAACCUGAGCUUUCGCCACCGAAGCAGCUCAAGCGGAAGUGGGCUCCCAGGAAAGCCAGACAGCUUUCUCCGUUCAAACGACCCCGUUUUGAGACAUCGUCAUCUGCUCUGCCCGCUGCCGAGCCACAUCUGAACCAUCCGGCAGAAGCAAACGACUCCACAACUGAGCCCGAGCCUGACGCUGAGCCCAUGGCCACACCUUUGCCAGAGUCCACGAACCUGACAGCUGUUGAUGGAGAGGACGAGUCAGUCACGGAGCCUGAACCAGAACCAGAGUCGCGGCUGACGCAACAGGCUAAUGCUGAAGACGACUCGGAGACUGCUCCAGAGUCAGAGGUCGAGCCAAAUGGGGUCCAAGCUCAGAAGGUAGACGACGAUGGAUCUGUCACCCGGCCAGAAUCGGACGCCGAAGGUCAGCUUUCCGAUGAAUCAUCCGACGAUGAUAGUAAGGACGAAGAUAAUGACUGGGGACCUCGUCACCGUCCCGCCUUUCCACUCAACCCUGGUCAACUACCUCUUGGUCCUUUCGCACUGUCUGAGUCGCAUGUCCACGUACCGUCCGCCAGUGCGGAUGGGAAGCCCCCAGAUCUGAACGAUCACUCGAAUCGCAAGCCGCGCGUUAUCCGAAUCCCCGCGAGCGCAAAUACGCACCUGCGAGAUUAUCAGCGCAAGGGAGUAGAAGUGAUGUGCGGGUGGUACUUUGCUGGGAGAGGGGGCUGUCUUGGUGAUGAUAUGGGUUUAGGCAAGACCGUCCAAAUCUCCAGUUUCCUCAGCGCUAUAAUGGAGAAGACUGGUACGCCACGGGACCUCAAUCGCCGAUACAAGUACAUCUCGAAACUGCAGGACGAAGUUAUACGCAAGCGGCCGAAGGGCCAAGUAGUACGCGACUGGGAAAAAGAACUUCCUCGUGCGGAUGCGCGCUGGCCUACGGCACUAAUCAUCGUUCCAAGUAGCCUCAUAGGCAACUGGGAGCGCGAGCUUGAGACUUGGGGCUACUUCGAGGUUGGAACUUACACUUCGAACAUCAAAGCCGAGACACGGGAGAACGUGCUGAGGGAUUUCAGGCUGGGACGUUUAGAUAUGCUCUUAACGACACAUGAGCUCGCUCGAGAUCAAGUUGACCGAUUCGAAUCACUUGCUAUUUCCAUCAUUUUUGUGGACGAGGCACAUAAAGUCAAAGAUCCAACGCGCAAGAUUACCAAAGCAUUCAAUCGCUUCCAAUGCAAACGGCGGGUUGCGGUUACGGGCACUGCUAUACAAAACAACUACGACGAGCUUUGGGCGCUGCUUGACUGGACGAACCCUGGUGCUCUCGGGUCGAUCAAGCAAUGGCAACGAUACGUAUCUAAACCGCUGACGCGUGGUCAGUCCAAAUCUGCGACAGCAGACGAAAAGCUACGAGGCAUUAUGGUCUCAAAAAUAUUGAAGGAGGAAUUUCUUCCGCGGUUCUUCAUUCGCCGGACAAAGGAACUUCUCAAGGAUCAGCUUCCGAAGAAGACGGAUGAGGUUGUAUUUUGUCCGCUCACUCCCAAGCAGACUGAAGUAUAUCGUCGCAUUAUCGAGAGCGAGCCGGUGCAGAAUCUGGUUCGUAAGGACGAGUGCUGCGAUUGUGGUAGUCGCAAGAAGAGGGCACAAUGUUGUCAUAAAUUCGACAAAGCGGAUCUCUUCCGGUAUAUGAGUGCACUCAUCAAGAUCUCGAACCACCUUGCACUCAUCCUACCUUCACCGACGGAUACCCCUGAUCAGGUCGUGCGGAACAAGGCUCUAGCGAAAGUGGCUUUUGGUGAUGGGUAUAUUCCCAGCUACGGCCCUGCCAUGCUCGUUCCACAGUACUGUGGCAAGUGGCUGGUCCUCGAGACACUCCUUCAGGAAUGGCAAAAGGAUGCAUCAAACAAGGUGCUCAUCUUUACCAAGUCUGUCAAGCUGCUGGAAAUGCUCGAGUUUCAUCUCAAGUCGCAAAGCGUGGGAUUUGUAAAGCUCGAUGGUUCCAUAAAGCAGCCAGAUCGAAUGCCUCUCAUCGACAGGUUUCACGAAGAUUCAGACGUGUUUGUCUUCCUGAUAUCUACCCUCGCCGGUGGCACUGGUCUGAAUCUGACUGGUGCCAACAAGGUUGUCAUCUUCGACCCUAACUGGAACCCUGCUCAUGACCUCCAGGCGAUGGACCGCGCCUACCGCAUUGGACAGAAGCGUGAUGUGUCCAUAUAUCGUUUUCUCGGUGCAGGCUCUCUCGAAGAACUCAUAUAUGCACGCCAAAUUUACAAACAGCAGCAAAUGGCUGUGGGCUAUGACGCGAGCCUGCAGACACGGUAUUUCGAGGGCGUGCAAGGCGACAAGAGCCGGCAAGGCGAGCUUUUUGGGAUCAGGAAUAUUUUUGGGCUUGCCGAGGGUGAAGUACGAACCAAAAUGACGAUUGAGAAAGCGACGCUCACGGACCUCGACUGGGCAUUGGCAAAUAUGGACGCAAAGGUCAAACAGCCGGCUACCAAGGUCAAGGAUAAAUGGGUGUACGAAGCCGAGGUGAAGGGAAAGAAAGAAGAUGUUGACCUUCGCGGCCUUGGCGCCUUUCUUUUUGACGAUGACGCGCCGGCAGUUGACGACCAAGAAGACGAAAUAUCGAAGACACUGAAGGACGUCGGCGUCACCUACACCCACCGGAACGAGGCCCUCAUCGUCGACAAUGCCAUAGAAGGAGAGCGAAUUAAGGUUCUCAUGGAGAGCAGGAAGAAAGCUCGUAAGCAAUCUAAAGCGGUCGGCGGCGGCAAUAAGCACAGCAAGGGCAAAGAGCCUGUCAAAAAAGAUGACGACUGGCCACCUAAACGCGGUGGUCGUAAGUUAUCUUCAGCCCCACAGAUGAGUCGACUGCUUCAACGGCGCGCCGCACUUGUUGGGCUUGGUAUGAUUUCUGAAAAUGAAGGGGUAUACAAAUUCGCGGAAGAAUUCCGCAAGAUGAGCAAAGAGCAACAAGAAGAGCUGCUUCACCAACUGGAUGAGCGUGCAAAACGCAGCUCAAAUGCAUCAACCCUUUGCUCAGGUUCUUGAUCAGCCCAAUGCAUGCUCAUCAAUUCAGCUAUGGUUCCUGCUCGCUCUCCAUUCUUAUCAUCAGCUCUACACCGGCCACUUCCACAUUUAUCUGACGGAGUUAUGCCUGUUCUUAAUUGUGCUGUACUUCGUUUCGUUCGUCAAUACCGACAACAAUAUCAUAUGUCGGUAGAAAAACCUGCGACACGCAGUGUACGCGAGGACCUAAUCAAAGUCCUCCGCGCACAGCCUGACGUAGUUCAUGAAGCCAUAUGCUC